AUGGCCACCCCACCAUUCUGGCUGACUAGGAAGAUGUUUUCCUUCAAGGUAAGCAAAUGGAUGGGGCUCAUUUGCUUCCGGUCACCAGCCAUCUUUUCGCCCAACAUUCGCCAGAAGAAACUAAUCCACAAGCUUCAGGAAGAAAAGGCUUUUAGGGAAGAGAUGAAAAUUUUCCGUGAGAAAAUAGAAGACUUCAGGGAAGAGAUGUGGAAUUUCCAGGACAAAAUCCAUGCUUUCCGGAGCCAGAUCUUGGGCUUUUGGGAAGAGGAGAGACCUUUCUGGGAAGACGAGAAAACCUUCUGGAAAGAGGAAAAAGCCUUCUGGGAAAUGGAAAAAUCUUUCCGGGAAGAAGAGAAAACCUUUUGGAAAAAGUAUCGCACUUUUUGGAAGGAGGAUAAGGCCUUCUGGAAAGAGGACAAUGCCUUAUGGGAAAGAGACCGGAAACUUCUUCAGGAAGACAAGGCCCUGUGGGAGGAAGAAAAGGCCCUGUGGGUAGAGGAAAGAGCUCUUCUUGAUGAGGAGAAGGGCCUGUGGGAGGACAAAAAGUCCCUCUGGGAGGAAGAGAAUGCCCUCUGGGAGGAGGAGAAAGCAUUCUGGGUAGAAGGUGGGGGCUAUAUUGCUGAGGAGCAGAUACCUGAAGACAGGCACUACAACAUCAAUGGAGAGCCACGAUCGCCAGCCUUCUUCCGAGGCAGGGCAUGA